AUCGCUUUCUCGCACAUUCUUCCCAACUUUCAAGAAUGUUGGUGGGACAGCCUCCUGCUGGACAUCGUGUUCUGCAACGGUUUAGGCAUUUGGGCUGGAAUGCUUCUUUGCAAGUGGUUUGAUGCUCGCAGUUACGAGUGGGAAUCGAUUCGGGAUAUCCGUUCUACUCGAGGAAAACUCAAACGUCUGGUCCUCCAGUUCACGCCUGCUAGUUGGACACCAACCCACUGGCUAGAUCGCAGUUCGACGAUUAAAAGAGCCUUUCAGCUCAGCAUCUUAAUCGUUUUUUGGCAGUUGGCUGAGCUAAAUCUGUUCUUCCUGAAACACAUCUUCAUUGUGAAACCCGGUCACUGGCUUACCCAACUUCGAAUUGCCAUUAUCACACUGUCAUCCGCACCGGCUAUUCGGUACACUUUCUUGAAAGCACAACCUACUUACACAAACUAA